UUAUAUUCAUUCAGCUCUCUACUUGAACUUUUUCUAACCUUUUCCCUAGCAAAAAAAUGGGGAAAAUUCCAUGUCCUUUGCCCUGCCAAUCCAAGAAACAAUCAACAUAUAUUCACUCAGAUUCAUCUUCAUCUUCUGCCCUUUCAUCACAACCAAGUUUACCAUCAGUUCCUUCAUUAACUCCACCUUCCCCUCAAACACAACUUUUCUCAAACAUAUGUGCAUCCACUUUUAAAGCCCACUCCUCCAUAUUCUGCUUAUCAAUAACCGGAAAACAGUUCUACACUGGCACUUCAAAUGGCGAAAUCCUUCUAUGUAACAUAGACCUUUUAAACCAACAAAAUAAUCCAAUAGUAGUAGCACAAAGUACCAGUUCUGUUAAAUCCAUAGUCAUUUCGGGUGAUAAACUCUUUAGUGCUCAUCAAGAUCAUAAAAUUCGCGUAUGGAAAAUUGACACCUAUGAUCAAACCUACAAGUGUAUUGCUACAUUACCUACGCUUAAUGAUAGGUGUAUGAGAUUAUUUAGCGCAAAAAACUACGUUGAAGUACGUAGACACAAGAAAUGUACGUGGGUACAUCAUGUUGAUACAGUCUCAGCUUUAGCGUUAUCUUCAGAUGGUUCGUUGCUUUACUCUGCUUCGUGGGAUAGAACUUUUAAAGUAUGGAGAACUUCGGAUUUCAAAUGCCUUGAAUCAGUUUGGAAUGCUCAUGAUGAUGCCAUAAACGCAAUAGCUUUGUCGAAAAACGGGUAUGUUUAUACUGGUUCAGCAGACAUGAGGAUCAAAGUAUGGAAGAGGGAAGAAGGAGAAAAGAAACUACACACCCUUGUAGCAACACUAGAGAAGCACAAAUCAGCAGUAAAUGCUUUAGCACUUAGCACAGAUGGUUCAGUUUUGUAUUCAGGUGCUUGUGAUAGGUCCAUAAUUGUAUGGGAAAAAGAUAGUGGUGGAAAUGGCAAGAUGGUGGUUAGUGGAGCUUUAAGAGGACACACCAAGGCAAUUUUGUGUUUGGCUGUGGUGGCAGAUUUGGUAUGUAGUGGAUCAGCAGACAAAACAGUGAGAAUAUGGAAGAAGGGAAUUGGAAAAGGUUAUUCAUGUUUGGCAGUUUUGGAAGGGCAUAAUGGUCCAGUCAAAUGUUUGACUGCAGCUUUAGAUAAUAAUAGUAGUAAGACUAAAGAUGAUUCUGGUUGUGGAAGUUCUUGUGUGGUUUAUAGUGGUAGCUUGGACUGUGAUAUUAAGGUUUGGAAAAUUUGGGUUCCAUGCUUAUAGAGUUUUGAUCUCUUUGAUAUCUCUGUCUCUUGUUUAGAGACUAGUUAAUUACAGUCAUACUAGGAUUUGUUUUUGUACAUAGAUAUGAGAAAUCUUCAUUUGAGCUUC